AUGAUACGUGCGGUUUACAAGAGCGAAUGGAGAAAAGCAAUAGUCGCCUUGUUGCUCCUGUGCCGCCGUCGUAUUCUUGCACCGGAGACGGAGACGCCGGUAGUUCUUCCACUUCUGAUUACAGCCAAAGCCAAACUUGGAGCGACUUUGAGGGUUUCGUGGUGUCGAUUGGCGGCAGAACGGGGAGGAAACAAGGCUCGGCCGCGGAGGGACUCGGGAAAAACCCGAAAAAACCACGACUGCAGCGCAAAUUUGUACCGAGUAGUAGAGCUGCAUCUCCGAACAAGCGGGAGUCAUCAGAAAAGAAAGCGCUUUUUCCAGUGCCGAGUAGUAGACAGCAGGUCGUGGCUCGGGCUCGGGGAAGCCGGGGAAAUUAUAAACCGACUGCUGCUCCGUCUCCAGCCGUGCACACGACUUCUGAACCAGAACGGGCAGGCAGGGAAGCGAAAAUCCGUGUGA